AUGGUUGCUUCUAUAUUCAAAGCAGCCAUCGCCUUAGGGCUUCUCCUACCAUCCGUCACUUCAUUGACUGUGCCUUCCGUGGAACAGCUCACACCCAGAGUUCCUGAGGUUCCGUGGAAGAAGAACGGUCUAUGGAGUGGUCACCAAAGACGAGACGGUUACAUGACGAAGUGUAAUCAUGGCCCAAAAUCGCGAGGAUGCUGGAAUGGCGACUUCGACAUCGACACGGAUAUGGAUAUACAUUGGCCUAACACUGGAAAGACCGUCAAGUAUCACUUGACAAUUUCAAAUGCAACCGGAGCCCCGGACGGGUUUGAGAGACCAAUUUUACUGAUCAACGGCCAAACACCUGGACCCACCAUCCUCGCAGAUUGGGGCGAUGACCUUGAGAUUACUGUGACUAACAACCUCCAAAAUAACGGUACUGGUUUGCACUGGCAUGGGCUUCGGCAACUUGGAUCAAACGAGCAAGAUGGAGUAAACGGUAUUACCGAAUGUCCGAUCGCGCCCGGUGACUCCAAGGUCUACAAGUUCAAGGCGACACAGUACGGCACUACCUGGUAUCACUCGCACUAUUCAGUACAGUACGGCGAUGGCCUUGUAGGCCCCAUGAUCAUACGAGGACCAGCAACAGCGAACUACGACAUUGAUCUUGGUGUGCUGCCAAUGACAGAUUGGUUCCACGCGACCACCUUCACAGUGAACGCCGCAGCUGUUCAUGCCAAUGGUCCUCCAGUUGCGGACAACGUUCUUAUCAACGGCACAAUGACAUCGGCCGCUGGAGGAAAAUACGCAGAAACAAUUCUAACUCCUGGAAAGACGCAUUUGUUGCGACUCGUUAACACUGGUAUUAAUAACUACUUACAUGUCGGCCUCGAUGGACAUUCUUUUCAGGUCAUCUCUGCUGAUUUCACGCCAAUCGAGCCUUUCUACACUGACAACCUUGUUCUUUCAGUCGGCCAACGUUAUGAGAUCAUUAUCAACGCGACUGAGCCUAUUGGUAAUUACUGGUGGCGUGUAGGCACUGGCGGUAGAUGUGAUGGUCCCAAUGCAAAUGCGGCGAACAUCAAGAGCAUCUUCAGAUAUGCUGGCGCACCAGCUGGUGAGCCCGACUCGACUGCUAGGGUUCUACCGGUGGGCUGUUAUGACGAGCAAAACAUCGUCCCAUACGCCAAGACGACUGUUCCCCAGGAGAUGCCUGAGUCACUGACUUUCGGUUUCAACGACAACUACACCAGCGAUGUAACGCAGAGCCAGGGACUGGUGCAGUGGCUCGUCAAUGGCAACCCGAUGGCAGUCGACCUUGACCGACCCACACUGCAACUUGUGCUAGAUGGUAACGUCACGUAUGGAAAUAACCGACAUGUGUUUAAGGUUGAUGAAAAGCACAAGUGGCAAUACUGGGUCAUCCAACAGGACACCACCAACAACACUGCGCCACCACUACCUCAUCCCAUUCAUCUUCACGGCCAUGACUUCUACGUUCUGGACCAGCAAGAGAAUGCGGUCUGGAAUGGUGACAUUUCCCGCCUCAAGACCGACAACCCCAUCCGGCGCGACACCGCCAAUCUUCCAGCCAGAGGCUACCUCGUUCUUGCCUUCGAGUCUGACAAUCCAGGAGCAUGGCUGAUGCACUGCCAUAUCCCGUUCCACGUGGCAGCAGGUCUCGGUGUGCAGUUUCUUGAGCGUGAGUCAGAGAUCACGGCUAAGGAUGGCUUCGCCGAAAUGAAGAGGACCUGCAAGAACUGGCAAACGUACCACACAGAGUUCCAUCCCAACGGUAUACUCUUUCCUGGAGACUCUGGACUAUAG